CGUGAUAAAAGGAUCAGACAAAAAAAGCCAAAUGUCCAAAGUGUCUGUGCUGUGUCCACCAGGAACGUGAGCCCAGACACGACUUUUACCAAUAACCAAAAAGCCCCAAACAAAAAGCCCAAUCAAAAUCAAAAAUCCAGGCGGUACCUACUAGUUAAACAGUUGUGUGUGUGUCCAAUUGUGUAUAAUUGUAAUAACAAAUACGAUAAAUUAAGAUUAUAGCGCAGAUAAUAUCUUCAGCAACUUAACCUGAAAUUUUUAAAUCAGUUUCGUCAAUUGUUCCCCUCAGUGACCUCAACUUGGCUAUUGACUCGUUAAUCAAGUCUUGUCAAUUAGUUUUGUUUAGUCACCAAUCCUUGUUAAUAGUCCUUUACUAGCAUUUUUCUAUAAUUUCCAUCAAUCAAGAUGAUGAAAGGGUUUAAAAAUAGACUAACUAGAAAUAAGAGUCAACCAUCUAGUAAGAAACCUGAAAAGAAGUCUGAUAAAGAAAAGGAUAAAUUAUCUCCAGGUGGGGCAACAUCUCCAUCAUCAUCAAUUUCAUCAUCAACUUCAAAUUCAGGUGGAACUUCUUCAUCUUCAUCUUCAUUGAAAUCAAAUUCUCCAAGUCCUUCAAGAAAUAAUUCGAGUAAUUCAGUAAAAUCAACUAAUUCACCUUCAACAUCAAAUUCAAAUGUAAAUCCUCUUAAUAAUUUACAAAUUAAUUCUUCAUCUCCUCAUCAAUCUCCAAAACAAUCUCAUCAUGAAAUUAAUAAGAAUCUAAUAAAUAAUUCUAAUGUUUCAAAUGUUAAUUCAAAUUCUAAUUUUGGUAAUACUAAUCCUUUAACAAAUGUUGAUUAUGAUAUGAAUUCUUUUACAAGUACUGCAAAUAUUCCUGGAGUUACUACAACUACAGUUACCACAACUCCAAUUACUCCAACUCCAACAUCUCCUGGCAUAACUAUUACUCAUUCUAAUUCUAAUCCGAAUGUUAAUAAUAAUAUUAAUCAUAAUAUUGCAAAUUCUCAAUUUGAAAGUGGUAAAGCUUUUCAUAGUCAACAAGCAGCACAAUUUCAUCCUUAUCAAUUAAAUCCAAAUAUUACUUCUCCAAAUAAAGAACCAAUUGAUAUUGAUUUAAUAGUUACUCCAAAGAGACAUUCAUCUUCAAGAUUUGAACCAACAACUUCUGAUAAAUAUCAAGAAAUUAUUAGAUUACCAAAUUUUGAUGAAGUUUUACCAGAAGAUCAAAUUCAAUUAUUUAUUCAAAAAAUUGAUCAAUGUAAUGUUAUGUUUGAUUUUAGUGAUCCAACUUUUGAUAUUAGAGGUAAAGAAAUUAAACGUCUUACAUUACAAGAAUUAAUUUCUUUUAUUUCUAAUAAUAGAUUCACUUAUACUGAUGAAAUGUAUAAACAUGUAGUAGGAAUGUUUAAAAAGAAUUUAUUUCGUCCAAUUCCUCCUCCAGUUAAUCCAAUUGGAGAUAUUUAUGAUCCUGAUGAAGAUGAACCAGUUAGUGAAUUAGCUUGGCCUCAUAUGCAAGCAAUUUAUGAAUUUUUCUUAAGAUUUAUAGAACUGCCUGAUUUUCAACAUCAAAUUGCUAAACAAUAUAUUGAUCAUGAUUUUAUUUUAAGAGUAUUAGAAUUAUUUGAUAGUGAAGAUCCUCGAGAACGUGAUUGUUUAAAAACAACUUUACAUCGAAUUUAUGGAAAAUUUUUAAGUUUAAGAAGUUAUAUUAGAAAAUCAAUUAAUAAUGUAUUUUUACAAUUUGUUUAUGAAACUGAAAGAUUUAAUGGUAUUGGAGAAUUAUUAGAAAUUUUAGGCUCAAUUAUUAAUGGAUUUGCAUUACCUUUAAAAGAAGAACAUAAAACUUUUUUAAUUAGAGUUUUAAUGCCAUUACAUAAAGUAAAAAGUUUAUCAUUAUAUCAUCCUCAAUUAGCUUAUUGUAUAGUUCAAUUUUUAGAAAAAGAUGGAUCAUUAACUGAAGAAGUUAUUAUGGGAUUAUUAAGAUAUUGGCCAAAAAUUAAUAGUCCAAAAGAAGUUAUGUUUCUUAAUGAAAUUGAAGAUAUAUUUGAAGUAAUGGAACCAAAUGAAUUUUUAAAAAUUCAAAUUCCUUUAUUUGCUCAAUUAUCAAAAUGUAUAUCAUCACCUCAUUUUCAAGUUAGUGAAAAAGUAUUAUGUUAUUGGUCAAAUGAAUACUUUUUAACUUUAAUUACUGAAAAUGCUGAAGUAGUUUUACCAAUAAUAUUUGCUUCAUUAUAUGAAUUAACAAAUUCAACUCAACCAGGUAUAGAAAAUGGUAUAAUGCAAAAAAAAUUAGCUGAUAAUCCUGGUGCAACCACUGAUGCCAAUGGUAAUUUAAUUGAUAGUGGAUUAAUUUUACAAGUAAGUCAUGGAAUUCCUAGUGCAAAUGAUAUGAAUCAUCCUCAUUAUAAUUUAUUACAAGUGCAUAAUUCAAUAAAUAAUCAUAAUAAUCUUAAUGGCAAUAAUAAUGGAGAUGGUGACCUUGAUGGUGGAUCUCAUAAUGCUAUACAUUCUCAUCUUGAUUUAAAUGGUAAUGAAAUGACAGAUGAUGAAUAUUAUGAUUCAUUAUCUUCACUUCAACAAGGUAAUUUAGGACCUCAUCAAGGAGGUGGAAGUAUUGGUGAUGAUUAUAAUGGAUAUGAUGAUAAUAAUGGAGUUUUACAACAUAAUUCAGCUACAUCUAAUUGGAAUAGAAGUAUUCAUUCACUUGCUUAUGGAGCAUUAAAAGUAUUUAUGGAUCAUAGUCCAAUUUUAUAUGAUCAUUGUACCAUAUUAUAUCAUCAAUCAUUAGAAGAACAAAAACAACGAGAAGCGGCUAGAAAAGAAGGUUGGAAAAGAAUUGAAGAAUAUGUUAAUGCAGUUAAAACUCAAAGACUUCAAAAUUCUCAAUCACAAACUCUGACACAGUCACUGUCUCUGACUCCAUUAAGACGAGGAAAUAAGAGCUUUAGUAUGAUAUGA